UUAACGGGAGAGAAAGAAGUCGGAACCGUCAAAAUUUGUGGGAAACAAAUUUUCAAAAGUCUGCCUAAUAAAAUUACUUUUUUAAAUUUUUUUUUUUUUUUCAAAGGUGUUUCAGAGAGACCUCUUUCUUCUCCCAUUUUUAUGGGUUGGAUUUAGAGGUCUCUGGAAACUUUGAGCCUUCUUGUUCAUCUUAUCAUAAAACAAAACAAAACAAAACAAGAAAAAAAAAAAAAAGAGAUUUCUUCUUUUUUUCCUUUUUUUUUAUUUUUUAUUUUUUCGUUCUUGGACAAGAUGAUUAGAUUUUGGAUAGCUUCGCUGCAAUUAGCGGAGCUGUUCGUGAGCUCGUUGGUUCAUAUGCUUUACGGGUUCUACAUAUUCAGCUCUGCCGUGGCCGGAGAUCUCUCUCAGGCUCUGAACGAGACCUUCUUCAAACCCAACACGAAUUUUGAGGUCAAACAUGAAUCCCCCACAGAGACGACUACAACAACAGUCAACGCUGACAAUCUCCCUCCGAUCGUAUUGGUCCACGGAAUCUUCGGCUUCGGCAAAGGGAGGUUGGGAGGCUUGUCGUAUUUCGCCGGAGCGGAGAAGAAGGACGAAAGGGUUCUCGUGCCGGAUUUGGGGUCCUUGACGAGCAUUUACGAUAGGGCUCGAGAAUUGUUCUAUUAUUUGAAAGGUGGGCAAGUGGAUUAUGGAGAAGAACACAGCAAGGCUUGUGGGCACUCCCAGUUUGGUCGUGUUUAUGAACAAGGGCACUACCCUGAAUGGGAUGAGGAUCACCCAAUUCAGUUUGUGGGCCAUUCGGCCGGAGCACAGGUUGUUCGUGUGCUUCAACAAAUGCUUGCUGAUAAGGAGUUUAAGGGAUUUGAGAACACUAAUGAAAACUGGGUUCUGAGUAUAACAUCCUUGUCUGGAGCUUUCAAUGGAACUACAAGAACCUACUUAGAUGGAAUGCAGCCAGAAGAUGGAAGGAGAAUGAAACCUAUAUGUCUGCUGCAGCUAUGUCGUUUAGGCGUGAUAAUCUACGAUUGGUUUGAUAUUCCGUGGUUGAAGGCCUAUUACAACUUCGGUUUCGAUCACUUUAACAUGUCAUGGAAGAAGGCGGGUAUUUGGGGUCUUCUUGAUUGCCUCUUGGGGAAUGCAGGUCCAUUUGCUUCAGGAGAUUGGAUCCUCCCAGACCUUACAAUCCAAGGGUCCCUAAGACUUAACAGUCAUCUGCAUACAUUUCCCAACACUUACUACUUCAGCUAUGCUACCAAGCGCACUAAGAAGAUCUUCGGUGUCACAGUUCCUUCUGGCAUACUUGGAAUUCAUCCAUUGCUUUUCAUUAGAGUUUUGCAGGUGAGCCAAUGGCGUCACCCUCCUGAUGUUUCACCCCCUUACAAAGGCUAUAGGGAUGAGGAUUGGCAGGACAAUGAUGGAGCCCUUAACACCAUAUCCAUGACUCACCCUCGUCUUCCCAUUGAACAUCCUAAUCGCUUUGUGGCUAAUGAUUCAGAUUGCCAGCCCUUGGAGCCGGGUAUCUGGUACUACAAGAUCGUGGAAGGCGAUCACAUACUCUUCAUUGUGAACCGGGAAAGAGCAGGAGUCCAGUUUGAUCUUGUAUACGACAGCAUUUUUGAACGCUGUAGAAAGCAUGUAUUUAGGAAAACCCGACCAACCUUACCAAACCAAACCCACCAAUAGUUUUAGCAUCUGCUAUGGAGAACUGAAAAGAAAGCAAUUAAAGAGCAUCACGUUAUUCAA